AUGGCUACUUUUGAAGUGCUGGCACGGAAUUGUGCGCUAAACUUAGAGCGCACAGAACUACGUGAUGCUGUGGCCAGGAAGCAGAAAAUUGAUAGG